AGCUGAUCUACCGGAAUGUCUGAAGAGCCCUCGUCUUCAUCAUCGCAGGACGAAGUACGGCACUCUUCGGAGUGUUCAACUGGACACUGCUGUGUGGAUACGAUACAGCACCGCCGACAGAGAAAUCGACAGUGCAAGGGGCCCCGAGUUGCUAUGGUAUCGGAUUUUUUCUACCCUGGACUUGGUGGCGUCGAGAUGCAUAUCUAUCAGCUGAGCCAAUGCCUCAUGGAUCUAGGGUUUUUCGUCAUAGUUAUUACUCACUAUCGAGGAGAUAGAAUAGGAGUCAGAUAUAUGACCAAUGGGUUGAAGGCGUACUACCUUCCAUACAAGACUUUCGUUGACCAGUGUACACCCCCGGCUUUCAUAACAUAUUUCGGUCUGAUGCGGCAGAUUCUAAUUCGAGAACGUAUCGAUAUAGUACACGGCCAUCAGGCUACCUCCGCGUUGUGUCAAGAGAUGUGCUUCCAUGCUCGAACGAUGGGCUAUAAAACAGUCUACACUGAUCACAGUCUGUUCGGUUUUGGCGAUGCGGCGUGCAUUGCAAUCAACAAGGUGCUGAAAGUAUUUUUGACAGACGUUCAUCAUUGCAUUUGCGUUUCGCACACGAACAAGGAGAAUCUGAUCCUGCGGGCAGCAAUUCGUCCUGAUGACGUCAGCGUUAUCCCGAAUGCUGUUGAUGCUUCUCGGUUUACACCCAACCCAUCACCGAGAGUUGGUCCGCUGCAGCACGACUCGGUUACAAUUGUUGUUGUAUCGCGACUCACUUUCCGUAAGGGAAUUGAUAUCCUCAUCGAUGUGAUGCCGGAGAUCAGCCGGCGGUUCCCCCAUGUGCACUGGAUCAUCGCGGGUGAUGGACCGAAACGAAUGGACAUCGAACAAAUGUUGGAGCGGCACAAGCUACACGAUAGGACUGAGCUUNNNNUAUGCUCACCCGAGGACUCGUCAUGA